UAGUGCUAAAAACGUUUUCGACAAUGAUAUAUCACAUCUAGAUAUCUGUAAUUUAUGAUUGUGUUUAUUUUAUUUAGGUUAUUUUAAUAACGUUUUAUCCAAGUUAUUUUAAUAACAAAGGAUAUCAUACACAACAAAAAUGAUUCCUGCAUGUGACACUUUAAGGAUUCUUCAUUUGCCUGCGCAUCUUUCCGAUGAUCGACGCGAUACAUUAUUACAAAAAUAUGGUGCAAUAAAAACAAAAACAACUCGAUUAUCCGAUAAGUAUACUAUUACUUUUGCCAAGUUUUCUUCUCAACAAAUGGCAACAGAAGCAUUGAUGCGUUUGCAUCAAUUAAAUGUUCGAGGACAAUAUCUGUUAGUUCAAUAUGCCAAAAAAUCCAUAUUCACUGAAUUAUCGGAACAAGAUAUUCAACAUGAGCCACCACCAAGCGACGAGGCAAAAGUGGAAACUGCUAAUAAAUCUAAUGUUCAAGCGUUUCUGCACAAGUUAAACAAUUGGACUAUGAAUUACGAAUUUAGUCAACCACCUCCACCAAAUAUAAAAUACAAAUAUGUGGCACCGACAAAAAGUAUAUUAAUAAGAAUAGCUAUACAGCUAUUGAAAGAACCAGCUUUUUAUACUCAGGUAUUGCAUUUAAUGAAUAAAAUGAAUCUACCACCUCCUUUUGAAGAAUUGGAAGCAGAAUUUCCUUGGCUCAAAGAAGUAUAUAACGUAGAAAAAUAUAAAGAUAUCUUUGAUAUAUUACAUGAACAUACAAAUGAGGAAGAAGAGGAAGAGUCUGAAUUAGAAUCAGAUGGAGAAGAUGUUAGACCUCAAAAUAUUAUUCCUGUUAAAAGAAAACUCCCGCAACCUAAAAAACGUUUGAAAAUUCCAAAGUUUGUCAAUCCUGCCAAAAAUAUCACAACUUCUUCAUCUACGCAAAAAGUGUUCAAGCCAGAAGAUAUGUUUGAGCCUGUUCAACGUGAAGAAAUUAAGAAUCUUAAAAUCGAAUUAAAGACUUUGGAUAAGUCAUUAGACGACGCAUCUGCUAAUAAGCAAGAUAAUACUAUAGCAAUAGAUGGUGGAUUUGGUUUAAUGUCUCCGGUUAAUAAAGCUAUUAAAAACACAAAGGAUAAUACGAAUGCAGAAAUACAAAAAAAUAAAUAUAUAACUUCUGAGGAAUUGGAUGCUAAUAGGAUUUCUAUUAAUGAUCAGAGAUUACUGCCAGUGUUCCAAAAUUAUCAUCUAGGUUUACCUUCCAAUCGUCUCUAUAUAAAGAAUCUUGCAAAACAAGUAGAAACAGAGGAUCUACAUUAUAUUUAUAAAAGAUAUUUUAUUGCUGGAUUGAAAGAUGCUGAAGCUGAAUAUGAUGUACGACUCAUGCAAGAAGGCAGAAUGAAGGGUCAAGCCUUCGUUACCUUACAAAAUACUUCACAGGCCAGAUUGGCUCUCAAAGAAACUAAUGGAUAUAUAUUAAAAGAUAAGCCUAUGGUUGUACAAUUCGCCAAAGCUACUCAAAAUUUUAUAAAUAAUAUGAUUUCUACUGUAAGACCUUCAUCCUCAUUUGGUUCAUAAUUUUAUAAUUAAAAGAGA